CUGUGGUAACCAAUCCGACAGUAAACAAAGCUCCCCUUGCAUAAAACUUCAUUGAGUAAGUCAUAGGGCUUGCACACAAGCUUAUAUUAACGCGCACACACGUCACACACACACACAGAAUCACAUUUGAAAACUCCGCGCUCUCUCUCUCGGUCUCUGUCACACACCUUCGAAAAGAGCGAGGCCUGAAAGAGCGAGGUGGCAUUGCGCUAUCUGUGAUAUACGUUUGGACACACUACCACUUCAGUUGCCGAUAAAACGUCGAGCUGUGUCCACGCUUCACGCUCCACGCUACGCCACAUAAACAACAACUUUCGGACGAGUCACACGCAUUCCACGACACUACAUAAAUGUACUUUUUUUCCCUCUUUUUUUAAUGCCGCCCAACAGUGGCGAAAUAAAGUCAAUAAAAAAGACAAAACAACAAAACAAAAAGAUAUAUUCCACAAAAGGGACACUACUUAGCUGCUACUACAUCAACUGAAGCGUUUACGACGGGCCUCUAAGAUGUGCCGCUGUUGUCAGAACUGCUUGGAAGAUUUAUACUGGAACUGCUUCGAGGAACGUUUUUGCUAUGAUGAAUCGAUCGCGAACUAUAAUGCCGAAGAUGACGAGGAAUAUCUGGCGACACAGAAGAAUGGCAGCAUCAUUGGACGCAUUCAACCCACUGUGGCCGACAACAACAAUCUGUUGACUGUGUCACAACCUAUUUGCGAUCAACCCAUGGGGCGCAACAGCUCGAUUCCGCUGAGUGCCAAGAUACACGAAGAGGAUUAUCGGCGCGUGACUCAGACAAAUGUACCAAUGCUGGGGCCGGAGAUAUUGGCUGUCUUUGCCAAUUCGCAGAUCUUCCAGGAUCAUCAGCCGACGAAGCUGAAUCGCAUCAGCACCAAGACAUUUUUGGCUGGCAUCCAUUCGCCUAACAAGGAUAUGCCGACAACGCCGCGCCUCAGCGAACAGGAGCGUCUUCUGCGGCGUCUGGAAGCUGGUCUGCAAAGUGAUGCCACCGACUCAGUGAACCCAGCGUCAGCCGGAACAGCAUCAGCCGGAACAGCGUCAGCCGGAACAGCGUCAGCCGGAACAACGACGUCCGAGAAGCGCAUCACAUUCACAUUGGCCAGCUCGGACUCAUCGCCGGAGGGCAGUCAAACGCUGACCCCGAAAAAGUUCGAGCCGAUCGCCGAGGAGGACAAAGAGGAUGAAAAGGAGAUGCUGGACGAGGUGAUAUUGCGACCACGUCUCAUCGAUCGCCAUCCCCAUCUGAUGCCCAGUGCGAGUGCAAUUUCGGCCACUCCAAAGCGCAUCCUUCGCUCGGCGAAAAGUGUGCCACACAUGAAUGUGGCUGGUAGCGAGACAGACAUCUUUGCCAUUACGGGCACGGGUAGCCAGAUCAGUAUGACGCCGGAGGUGCCCUCCAUAUCGUUCAGCAAUCUGCCGAAGAACUACGAGGAUACACCGACCAUUGAAAAGUAUCGCGUAUCCCAGAGUCUCUAUUCCAUACAGAAUGCGAAUGCAGCUCGUGCCUCCAGGGACGAUUACUCCAUGCCACGUUAUUUCCGACAUUCCAAUCGUCUGGUGACGCAGAGCACCGAAAUUCUGCCUGGCUCGACGUCUCUUGCAUCCAUAUCAACGUCAGUUGCUUCGUCAUCCUCGUCAUCCAAGGAUGAGUUACGGCGUCCCGAACAGGCCAAGAGCAAGCGCCUCCAAAUGCUUCGUGGCAAUCUGCCGCCACUUCUCAUCCAUUCGGUUUCCUUCAAGCGCAAUCGAGAUGAGACCAAGCAAGUGGAUUAACUUCAUUCACCCCGAUAUUAUUAUUUUUAUUAUUAUUAUUAUUAUUACUACGUACUUCAUCUUGUUCGUGUAUAUUUUAUUCUUAUGGCUUAUACAACAUUCACGAAGAUGUGUCUUAAUGUGUAUACAAUUAUUCGUAUAUGUUUAUAUUAAUUUGCACACACAAUUGUUCAUGUUUACACUUAGAGAAAAAAGGAACAAGUUUGCCAAAAUACGGAGAAUGUCAAAAUUAUUAUUUUAUUU